GAACAAGGUAGUUUAACCUACAUUAAAAUUCCUAGAAGAAAGGACAUAUUUUUGCUGACGUUGACUUGAUAAAUUAUUUAUUUGAACAGAAAUAGUCAAAAUCAAAAUGUUUCUUCGGACCGAUGCUUCUAUGGAAGUGUCCGGAAGAAGAGACGGAAAGGGAGAUUUCUCGUCACCCCUUUCCCAUAGUUCUGAUGAUGCCGAUCAGCUAUACUGUCUACCGUGUAAAAAUGAUGAAACUCGGGUACCAGCCUACGGAUACUGCAAGAACUGUGCAGAGCAUCUGUGUGAGUCAUGUACAAGAGUCACAGGAAACCAGCACCAUGUAGGAACCAUAUCCUCCUAGACAAGACAAAAAUGCCAAAAACCAUGAGUCCGGGUACUACUUCUCUAGACUUAACAGAAACAUGUGAUCAACAUCAUGGUAAAACCAUAGAAUAUUUUUGCAAGGAUCAUAAAUCCCUAGGCUGCAGUCCUUGUAUGACGAUGAACCACAGAAGUUGCAAAAGAGAUUACAUUCCAGAUGUUUCCAAUAACUACAUAGCCAGUUCACAGUAUCGGCGUCUUCUAGAAUCACUGCAGACUUUACAUGAAAAUUUGAAGGCAAUCACGAAGUCCAUAGCAGAGAACAAGCAAAGCACUCAAAGAAAUCGGGAAAGAAUCAAGGUAGAGGUUCAAAAGUUUCGACAAGAAAUCAACGCUACACUAGACAAAUGGGAAGUUCAGCUCUACAAAGAUGUUGAUAGUCUCUUUUCCAGAGAAGAUCAGAAGAUAGAUUCAACACUAACCCAAUGCCAUGAAAUGACACGAAAGAUUGAAACAUAGCGAAAGAGGUUCAAGACGCUCGAACAAGACCAGAAACACAACAUGGUGUUCAUACAUGGCAAGAAAAGAGAAGAUUCAAUAAAAGAGGACAGGAAAAACGAACAGAAAUUGAAAGAAGAAAGUAAAGUUAACAGUUACUUAUUUCAACAAAACUUGGCAAUCAAAAAUCUACUCAAGACAGAGACAACCUUAGGAAUGUUAUACAUCAUUGAUGAAGUGUCCAAACCUAAACAAAUACAAGACCCUGCUGCUGAUAAUAAAGCAAAAUUAUCCGCGCACGUUCAGUUGCAGCCAAGACAUCAUGAGAAUGUGUCUGCUUCUGACAUCUCUGUCAAGUUUUUAGGUCUAAUUAAUGUUAAGACUGUCAGCGAUGUAUACGAUUGUACAAUAACAGGACUUGCAGAAACUGACACAUCUAGACUUGCUGUUGCUGACUGCGUAAACCAAGUUAUUAAGAUUAUUGAUGUGAAGCAGGAGAAAAUCGUUUCUGAGCUCAAAAUGACUUCAAGCCCAUGGGACCUGACUUUGUUACUAGGCGGCCAGCUUGCAGUAACACUUCCUUCUAAACACUUGAUUCAGAUUUUGUCGUUUUCUAAUGGUUUAUCUAAUGUCCGGCAGCUGAAAAUUGAUCAAAAGUGCUACGGGAUAGCUUUUAUUGAAGAAAGCCUGUUAGUUGGGAUGGCAUUUGCAAAAGUGAAGAUAAUGAAUCUAUCAGAGAAAGUUUUGAAAACACUGGACUGUGGAGGAGCGGAUGAUGUCAGUUACAUUACAGUAAGUUUAAAGUUACGAUGUGUCUAUGCUUCGACUGGUAGCUAUGUAAUUCGUUUCAAUAUUUCCGAUGAAGCCGUGCGACAGUAUAUGCAUCGAAGCCUGAUAAUGCCAAACGGACUAGCCGUAUUGGCAGAUAAUUCUAUAUCGAUAUGUGACCUUGGUAACUGCAACAUUCACCUUAUUUCACAAAAUAUGAAAAGCGGCAGGAUAAUACUGCAGGCAGCAGGCAAACGUAUGGGCCCCUUCUGUAUGGCGCUUGAUAGUGAAGAAAAGAAAUUGUACACAUGCAGCUACCUUUCUUGUAAUUUCAUAAAUGUGUAUAACCUAAAAUAAGGCAGUUCACUGUCAUUCAUAGUUAAUGCAUCUAACUACAACAGACUGAGACUGUUCUUGUACAUAAAUUAUUUCGAUUUCUGGAGAAUCUAUUCAGACACAUAAGGCAUUGUGCUCUCUGUAAUCGUUUUUUUAAUCAAGACAUACACCCGUAUAUCACUUGAAAAAAAAAACUCAUUUUUAAAUCAUGAAGUACUUUGUGCCAUGUAUGCUUUAAAUAUACUGGUCGCUAUACAUUACUUGUACCAAAUGCUCCAUACAUUAGCUGAUAAAGCGUGCGGAUAACUUUCAGGUUCGCUAUUUUCACUUACAGAGACUGGAAUAACUACCGCAAAAUCUCAUAUCAUUUGUGUCAACUAACUUUUGGUCUCUGUGCCAGAUCAAGGUUUUGCUAAAAAUAACAUACAUAAAUAUGUUGUUUUGAAUGAACACUGAAUUCUAAUAUGGUGUAAGAUAUACGUUCUACAUAUUCUAUGUAUCGUUACAAUACUAUCGUGAUAUAUUUCAUUCAACGUUUAAAUUAUGAUAAUGUUUAUGCUAAGGAAAAAUGACAAUUAACUUUUCUUUAUUUCUGCAAUGCUUAUUGCUACCAUGCACAAUUUCUCACAUGUUCAUGUAUUUAUCUAUUUCUUAGUUUCCAAGGAAUACAUUGUACUUCAACUGUGACCAUUUAUUAACUUAAUAUCUCAUUCAUCUGUAUUUUGUGCAAAUGCCUAUUUCCAAAAACUACUCCUGAAAUUUAUUGCAGCGUGUAAAAAUACAUCGAUUUUCAUAAAUUUUAGCAUUUUGUUUAAUGUGCAUUGAUAGGGUGUUAGAAACAUAUUUUAUUCAAUAACUGUCACUAAUAAAACUUUACAUAAUUGUUCAUUUUUGUACAAAUAGUAUAUUUGUUAGGUCAGUCGCGGUCUAAAUUUGAAACUUUCAUCUCCGGAAUUCCUCGUUUAUUGCAUUAGUUACAUUUUAUCUACCCAAAAAUUGUCUGCAUCAUUUGAUUUGCUACCAUAAGAGAUGUUGACAUUGCGUUAUAUUGCUCACAUUUAGUUGUAUAUCAUGUUAUUUCUGUAAUUUUACUUGGAUAUUCCGCUUAGUAUAUUUGAGGAAGAGAUUUCCUACCGAAUCUUGAUUGGCUUAGAAAAUUCCUAAUUGCAAUCUGAUUUGUUAGGGCCUCUCUCAUAAAAUCCUAAAUAAGUAGAGCGACGAGUCUCACUUUAAUUAGGACAGUUGCAAGCGUCAUUAUUUAUAUUUGUCAACAUAAUAGUAAUUUGGGAAUCAUUCCUAAAUUUCGAAUUUCAAUCUUUAGAAUCACUGAAUUAGCAGUAUUUAAAUACAAAUAUAGGUACAAUGUAUAUAUGAAAUCGUUUUAGUACAAAUUUUAGAAAAUCCUAAACUUAGGGUUUUAUAGCUUUUAGGAGUACUUUCUACUAAUUACUGGGGCAACUGUUCCCAGAGAGAGCUGGCGUACUUUAUGCUUUAUUAUCAUUUAGGACUGAGGAUUGCUGUUUCCUAUGUUAUUGUCAGUUUUAAUGUAGUGCCACAGCUGAUAUCGUUGUCAUCUUCUAUUCUUUGCUACUGCUGGUGUAUUCACACAACCAUUAGUCCCGUAUAUUGUAGCGUAUUUCAUAAAAGCAUCCUGACCCCUUGACAUAAGUGCCAUUAAAUGGCAUAAGAUAUGACACAAUAUUCGACAUGCGUUUAUUUUUGUUUAUUUUUAAUUUUUUUUUACAAAUAUGCAUUAUUAUUAUUGUUAUUAUUAUGAUUAUUAUAAUGAUAUAGCACUCUGUUAAUGCACAUGUACAUGUUCAAAAGUGCUUUACAAAAUAAACUGCAAACAAUACAAACAAAUACGUAUUCAACACAAACUAAAAAUGCAUUUCACAUUAACAAAAUUUAUUAAUGUAAAACAUAUAGAUAAAACAAGACAACAUGUAUACAUACUUAAAAGUAUUUUAGUGACCCUAGGAUAAAAUACUGUUCAUCGCUGUGUUAUGAAAAGAAAAAAGAAUAAAAUGUA